AUGCAAGAAAAUAGAGAGGUUACUGAAAAUAUAGGAAUAGCAGUAAUUGUGUUGUAUGCUUCUGUCUAUUUGUUCUCUGUUCUUUACUCUGUUCUAUUAACUUCAGUUCAGUUCAGUUCUUUCUAUAUUUUCUUCAUUCUUCUUUCUGUCUUUCUCCUCUAUCUAUAUACAUGCCAUUUGUGUCAAGCCACAAACUCGCUUUUUCUUUAUACUAUGACAUUCCACGAACUCUUUCGCGACAGGAAAGUGCCUCCAAAGGUGGAAGAGCUCACUCUAGAAGGCAAGCCUGCUAGUACUCUCAUCAGGGUGUUGGAACGGUUCUCGUCCAUGUCGGGCAUUGUCACCAGCAGCCAUUUCAAAAAAGAUCCCGAAGCCAAAACCCGAGUUCUGGCAUCGGAAAUCCAAGCUAAGAUGAACAAGAUGGUCAAGUUUCAUCGCCGUCUCGAAGCUCAACAAGCCGAUACAGCACAAUCCUUGAACAACUGGGCUGCGGAUCUUCCUCACUUGAACAGUCGUCAGAUGAUCCAGGAGUUCGCUAGUAUCUUAUUGACCCAGCGAGCCGGUAGUAUCACUCUAAGCGAAAAGUUGGAGAGGCUCAAGGAUAGCUUUUCUCUUGUGAACGAUCGGGAAAGAAAGCUCAACGAUUUGGCGGCUGCUCGCACCAAGCUUUUAAAAAACGUAAAGGACUCCGAAACCAAGUACGGGGUCAAUGCUUCGUGCACAACUUUGUUGAAGGAAAAGCUUGAAGAAGUGCAGUGCAAUUUGGAGGUGGUUGAAAUACAAUGCAUUCGUUCCUUGUCUCAUGAACUCAAGGAUACCUUUGCUGAGUAUCUUAUAGCCAUUCAGAAUUACCAUGCUAGGUUGUCCGAUGCCUCGGAAGCUUACUAUGCGUGCCUUAUUUCGUUUCAAAAAGAUGAUAGGCUCAUCGACCAAUCUGCCAACAAUUCGGAUGUUACUAGAAUUUUGGCUGACGAAAGCUCCAAAGCCAGAUCGUCACCAGCGUGCUCACAGUGCUUUCGAGAGCUAGGAAUCACCACUGGCUGUGCCCACGAUAGUUCAAGAAACAUGUACCCUGGCGACUCCCAGAGCAAUUUGAACCAUAAUCCCCAGCAGUUUGCACCGCUGCCCAUCCAAAUGUCUAAUGACGCUGCUUAUGACUUCCUUGAACAUGAUCCAUGGCAAUGA